AUGACUAUUGCUGCAUAUGCGUAUGAAACAAAUGAAGCAAGAAGAGCACAUGAACUAGUAAACGAAAACUCAACUUUAACCAUUGAAGGCAAUGAUUUAGUCAUUGACGAUGGAAAAACUAAAAAAGUCAUUGAUUUCGAUACUUUUAACACUUAUGACCCAUUCAUUACAAUAAGUAAAGUUCCUAUCAUAAAUGAUGGAACGGUGCAAUAUAUAAAUUCUACAGUAGAUGCCUCAUUAGUGAAAGUACUGAAUGUUCUCAUUGAAUUGUUAAAGAGCUUUCGAUUUGACGACAACAUUAAAUGCCUAAAGAAUUUAGUCAUGAAUGAGAAACAAAUAUUAGGAGUUGCUGGUAGCAGUAAUGAUGUACACCUUAUGACAUUAGAAUAUUAUAACGAACAUAAAGAUGAACUGAAAGGAGAGAAGGGUGACACCGGACCACAAGGAAUACAAGGACCUCAAGGAAUACAAGGACCUCAAGGAAUACAAGGACCUCAAGGCGAAAACGGUUUGGAUGGAAAGGAUGGAAAGGAUGGAAAAACUGCUAAAUCAUGGAUAUGGGACCUUAUAAAUACUGGUUUAACAGCUGCUUCAUAUGGAGUUCUUCAAUACCAAAUCGGAAAGAUAUGGGCAGUACUUGGUGAAGAAGCUUUAAAUGACGUUAAAAAUGCUUUGAACUUCAUUUCAAAUGGUUCGGAUACUAUUAAAACUUUAUCUGGUUGGAUGCAAGAAACAAGGAGUCAAAUAGAUACUGUAAGACGUAUAGCAAACAAUGCAC